AUGGAAGCGGAUGGGAUGGAGGAAGAAAAGGAUGAAAGAGGGGCCGAAAUUAAUCUGCUGGAUUCAAAAACAAUUCAAGGGGAGCUGGGCUGGAUCUCCUACCCAUCACAUGGGUGGGAAGAGAUUAGUGGUGUUGAUGAGCAUUAUACUCCAAUCAGAACUUACCAAGUGUGCAAUGUCAUGGAUCAUAGUCAAAACAAUUGGCUGCGAACAAACUGGAUUCCACGCAAUUCAGCUCAGAAGAUAUAUGUGGAGCUCAAGUUUACCUUGAGGGACUGUAAUAGUAUCCCUCUAGUUCUGGGCACUUGCAAAGAGACCUUCAAUCUGUAUUAUAUGGAGUCCGAUGAUGACCAUUUGGUAAAGUUCAGAGAGCAUCAGUUUACAAAGAUUGACACCAUUGCGGCAGAUGAGAGCUUCACCCAAAUGGAUCUUGGCGACCGAAUUCUCAAGCUGAAUACGGAAGUCCGCGAGGUGGGGCCUGUCAGCAGUUACUUGGCUUUUCAAGAUGUAGGUGCAUGUGUUGCCUUAGUCUCGGUGCGAGUGUACUUCAAAAAGUGCCCUUUCACUGUCAAGAACCUCGCCAUGUUUCCAGAUACAGUACCCAUGGACUCCCAGUCACUGGUGGAGGUGCGGGGUUCUUGUGUCAAUCAUUCCAAGGAGGAGGAGCCACCCAAGAUGUAUUGCAGUACAGAAGGAGAAUGGCUAGUGCCCAUAGGGAAGUGCUUGUGUAAUGCUGGCUAUGAAGAAAGAGGCUUUGCGUGCCAAGCUUGUCGACCUGGGUUCUACAAAGCCUCUGCUGGCAACGUGAAGUGUGCCAAAUGCCCACCUCACAGCUCUACCUAUGAAGAUGCGUCUCUGAACUGCAGGUGUGAAAAGAAUUACUUUCGCUCUGAGAAAGACCCUCCAUCCAUGGCUUGCACCAGACCACCAUCUGCUCCAAGAAAUGUUAUCUCUAACAUCAACGAGACGUCUGUUAUCCUGGACUGGAGCUGGCCUCUUGACACUGGAGGUCGGAAAGAUGUCACUUUCAACAUCAUUUGCAAAAAAUGUGGAGGAAACAUCAAGAUGUGUGAGCCGUGUAGCGACAACGUGCGAUUCUUACCCCGUCAGACUGGACUCACCAACACCACGGUGACAGUAGUGGACCUUCUGGCACACACCAAUUACACUUUUGAGAUUGAUGCAGUCAAUGGGGUAUCUGACUUGAGUACACUUUCCAGACAAUUUGCUGCUGUCAGCAUCACAACUAAUCAGGCUGCCCCAUCCCCCAUCACAGUCAUAAGGAAAGACAGGACAUCCAGGAACAGCGUGUCUCUGUCUUGGCAAGAACCUGAACAUCCGAAUGGGAUCAUCUUGGACUACGAGGUCAAAUACUAUGAAAAGGAACAAGAGACAAGCUAUACUAUUCUGAGAGCCAAAGGCACCAAUGUUACCAUCAGCGGCCUCAAACCUGAUACCACCUACGUCUUCCAAAUUCGAGCCCGAACUGCAGCUGGAUAUGGGACAAACAGCCGCAAGUUUGAAUUUGAAACCAGUCCAGAUUCAUUCUCCAUUUCCAGUGAGAAUAGCCAGGUCGUAAUGAUUGCCAUUUCAGCGGCAGUAGCCAUUAUUCUCCUCACAGUUGUGGUGUACGUCUUGAUUGGGAGAUUCUGUGGAUACAAGAAGUCUAAACAUGGCACUGAUGAGAAAAGACUACAUUUUGGGAAUGGCCAUUUAAAACUCCCAGGCCUGAGAACUUACGUAGAUCCGCAUACAUAUGAGGAUCCCAAUCAAGCUGUGCAUGAAUUUGCCAAGGAACUAGAAGCUUCUAAUAUAUCCAUUGAUAAAGUAGUUGGAGCAGGAGAAUUUGGAGAAGUUUGCAGCGGGCGCCUAAAGCUGCCUUCUAAAAAGGAAAUUUCAGUGGCUAUCAAAACCCUGAAAGUUGGCUACACAGAAAAACAGAGAAGGGACUUCCUGGGAGAAGCAAGCAUCAUGGGACAGUUUGACCACCCUAAUAUCAUUCGAUUAGAGGGAGUCGUCACUAAAAGUAAACCAGUUAUGAUUGUUACUGAAUAUAUGGAAAAUGGUUCCUUGGACAGCUUCCUACGGAAACAUGAUGCCCAGUUCACCGUCAUCCAGCUAGUAGGCAUGCUUCGAGGGAUCGCAUCUGGCAUGAAAUAUUUGUCAGAUAUGGGUUAUGUCCAUCGAGAUCUAGCUGCUCGUAAUAUCCUCAUCAAUAGUAACUUGGUAUGCAAAGUCUCAGAUUUUGGUCUCUCUCGUGUACUGGAAGAUGACCCAGAAGCUGCUUACACCACAAGGGGGGGCAAGAUUCCUAUCCGAUGGACAUCACCAGAAGCCAUUGCAUAUCGGAAGUUCACAUCAGCCAGUGACGCAUGGAGCUAUGGGAUUGUUCUCUGGGAGGUGAUGUCUUAUGGAGAGAGACCGUACUGGGAGAUGUCCAACCAGGAUGUGAUUAAGGCUGUUGAUGAAGGGUACCGCUUGCCACCUCCUAUGGACUGCCCAGCUGCCUUGUAUCAGCUGAUGCUGGACUGUUGGCAGAAGGACAGAAACAACAGACCCAAGUUUGAGCAGAUUGUCAGCAUCCUGGAUAAGCUGAUCCGUAAUCCCAGCAGUCUGAAAAUAAUCACCAAUGCGGCGGCAAGGCCAUCAAAUCUUCUCCUGGACCAAAGUAACAUUGACAUUUCAGCCUUCCGCACGACAGGUGAUUGGCUCAAUGGUUUUCGGACAGGACAGUGCAAAGAAAUUUUCACGGGUGUGGAGUACAGUUCCUGUGAUACAAUCGCCAAGAUUUCUACAGAUGACAUGAAGAAAGUCGGCGUUACAGUUGUGGGGCCUCAAAAGAAGAUUGUUAGCAGUAUCAAAGCUCUAGAAACUCAUACAAAGAACAGCCCUGUUCCUGUGUAA